GCCAAAUGAAACACUAUAUAUAUCCACUCAUUUACAUGUGCCCACUAUAAUUAUUGCUCUAUUCAAUCCAAGAAAAAAACACAGAGGAAGAACAGAAAAAAGCUCACAAAGUCACAAGACCUCAGUAGGCUUCCUAGUUGUUCUAUGAAAUGUCUCCUCUCAACGAUCUUAAGAUCAAUCUCAAUGGCCAAUACACAUUCUUCCUCAAUCAGAACGUGAUUUCAAAGUACUCUGGAAGCUUGAGGAAGAUGAUUAAACAGAGCAAAAAGAAGAGAAACAAGAAAAAGAGAAUCAUCACUAUCGAGAUUAAUGAUUUUCCAGGAGGACCAGAUGGGUUUGAGCUGGUUUCAAGGUUCUGUUACCACAACGGAGAAAUCUUAAUCGACGUCUCAAACGUCUCGACUUUGUACUGCUGCUCUGUUUUUCUAGGCAUGUCGGAGAAGUUCUGUUUCUCUAAUCUCUUCCUUCAGACAGAGAAGUUUCUAGAAGAAGUGUUCUAUGGGUCUUGGAGCGACAUCGUUUCGUGUCUCAAGAACUGCGAGCAAGUGUUCUUCCAAGCAGAUUCGUAUGGUCUUGUAGAUAAACUCAUUUUCGCAGCUUUGAACAAAAUCUCUCAGAAUUCAGACGAUUUUUCUUCUUCUUCGCUUUCUUCCUUCGCCUCUUCUCUUUCUCCUGAGAUGGCCAAGAACACGUCAGAAUCAGACGGUAGGUAUAUUUCGCGGUCUGUUGCUUGCGGAAGAAGCAACGAGUGGUGGUUCGAAGAUAUGACAAAUCUUUCCCCGAAGAUCAUAUUGAAGCUAGUUAUGAUCAUUGGAGCUUACAAAACCAACAUAAAAAGCUUAGUCCUAACCAGAUUUCUUCUCCAUUAUCUCAAGACAAAACUCCAAACCAAAUCAAGAACUACCACUGAGCUUAUGAGGAACAAGCUCGAGUACUCAGAUUUAGCUGACACAGCGGUUAGAGGAGUGAUUUCCGCAGGGACACGUACGUUUUCUUGCAGGAAACUCUUCUGGAUUCUUCGAGUUUUAUCCAGUUUUAGCCUAAGUAGAGAGUCAAGAAUCGGUUUAGAAACCCUAAUAGGAGAAAUGCUGGAACAAGCAACACUUGAUGAUCUUCUGAUAUCUGCAAGAGGAAGCAGAGAAAGUGGUUUCUACAAUGUUGAUCUUGUGAUAAGAUUACUAAAAGUAUUUGUGAAGAACAGAGAAGAAGAAGAAGAAGAAUCAAGAGAGAGGAAUAUGAAAGAAAUUGGGAAAUUGAUUGAUAAGUAUUUGAGAGAAAUAUCUCCAGAUCAGAAUUUGAAAGUCCCCAAGUUUCUUGGUGUUGCAGAGAGCUUGCCGGAUUCAGCUAGAGAUUGCUUUGAUGGAGUUUACAGAGCAAUUGACAUCUAUCUACAGUCUCAUCCGAAUCUAACACCCCAAGAUCGAACAGAGAUAUGUCGAUGUCUCAACUACAAGAAACUAACAAUGGAGACGUGCAAACAGCUCGCCAGAAACCCUAAGAUCCCUCCAGAAAUCGCCAUUGAAGCACUCAAGUCCAGAUGUGGGAAUCAAGAACACACAACUUCAGAUGUUAAAGUUGCAAACAAGAGUUUUUCUUGUAGAUAUUCAGAAGAGAAGAAGAAGCCUGUAGUAUUGCAUCUCGAGAUAACAGAGAAAUUAGCCGAGAGGUUGAAGACUAAAGGAGGAUAUAAUUUGAAGGUUAUGGAUAGUUUCAGAGAAGGCUUAUGAGGAAAAUGGUAAACGUCCCAAGUCAUGAUUCAGCAGUCACAUCUUCCAAUUCAUCUGGCAAUCUCAUUUGCACCCCAACAGUGUCGAGAGUCUUGUACAAAUCAUCAGAUUCAAGGGGUUUCUUAUCAUCGAAAGCUAUGAAUUCACAAAGCUUGCCUU